GUCUCAUUGCAUCAGUCACAAUCGCCCUUAGAUUAGCGAACAGUUUUUUGUUAAUUCCCGGCGUUGGAGUCGAUAUUGAAAAGGCUCUCUUUGAAUUGAAAUAGAAGGCAUCUAGACCGUAAAUCUGCAAUCACUGUCAGCGUCUUCAUCCACUGAAUCGACCCCAAGAUUCCUUCGUUGACCGUCCGUCACUUGUACUCCGAUCUCAGUAACCAGCAAGGCGAGAGAUUCGAGCUGCCUCAUUGCGGCGCUUUGCAUACAUACGAGAUGCUGAUCGUCGAUUAUUCUCUGCGGUGACCGUUUUCCUGACCGCUGGUGACUUUUGAGUCGACUCAAAAGCCAGCUCUGCAGUGACUGUUUUCCUGACCGCAUUCAUCGCUUAGCAAAGAGACGAGUACUGAGCAGCGGUUAUGUCUGCAAGUAAUUCGUCAUUGGACUGCAUCUUUCUGAAAACAGCUCUUAGCGAACGAUCCGUUUGCUGAGCGACCUUCGGCAGAUCAUCUGUUAUUGGUGCCUCCGUUAUAAGAACACAGCAAAGAUUGUAUAGAGUUUGGAUUUUAUCUCUGUGACAGAGAUGUCUCGGUUCGCCGUUCCGUUCCUCGUGAUCCUCUCCAUCUCCGCCUUCGUCGCCUCCUACAAUGUCGUCGGUAUGAUCCUCAGCACCGCUCGUCACCGCGUCUCUAUCCGCUCUAAAGGCUCCUUCGAUAAAAGCACCUUCAGUAGUCGCCUCCGCCGGGGAGGCCGACCGCUUCUAACAGGAAAACCACUCCCCCAAACCAGCGGGACCGGUUCGGAUGGGGUAGGCUCGGACGUAGGCUCGGAUGGAGGCUCGGCGGUGGUGAAACGGCCGGAAGGGCCGAGCUCCGGUGUGAAAAAGAAGCGGUACUUCCACACCGCGAUGACGUGUAACGACUCGCCGUACACUAAGUGGCAGUCGCGGAUCAUGUACUUCUACUAUCAGAAGUAUCGAAACGAGCCUGAAUCGGAGAUGGGGGGAUUUACGCGCGUGCUGCACUCAGGGAAGCCGGACAAUCUGAUGGACGAGAUUCCGACGGUUGUCGUCGAUCCUCUACCUCCUGGAAUGGAUAAGGGUUAUGUGGUUCUGAAUCGGCCAUGGGCGUUCGUGCAGUGGAUUCAAAAGGCGCAGAUUGAGGAAGAGUACGUGUGGAUGGCCGAGCCAGACCACAUCAUCUUAAAGCCCAUCCCCAACCUGGCAACUGACAUGCUGCCGGCCGCCUUCCCCUUCUUCUACAUCGUGCCAAAGAAUCAAGAGAGGUUCUUGAGGCGCUGGUACCCAGCUGAAAAAGGGCCGAUCACAAACAUCGAUCCCAUCGGGAACUCUCCUGUAAUUAUAAAGAAGAAAGACCUUCUGAAGAUAGCGCCCUUGUGGCACAACGUAUCGCUGCAGUUCAAGAGCGACCCAGAGAUCGACAAGGAGUUCGGAUGGGUGCUGGAGAUGUAUGGCUAUGCGACGGCAUCAGCCAUGCUGGGGUACACCCACAUUCUCAGGAAAGACUGGAUGAUUCAGCCCCCCUGGGACAAAACAACAGGUGAUGCGUACAUGAUUCAUUUCACAUAUGGAUGCGACUUUGACCUCAAUGGAAACCACCUGCCUGGUAAGGUGGGUCCGUGGCAUUUUGACAAGAGGGACUACCAGACCGCCAUUCCCAGGAACAUCACCUACCCCCCCCCGGGCUCUGCUCCCUCUGUGUUUGAGCUUAUUCGGCGGCUAAACGAUGCGACCUGGUCGCUUGACUGGGUUGCAGGGGCAACGUAGAUUGUAGGAUUCCUACUUUCCUCACUCGUGUUAUGUGCUAUGAAGUUAACCAUUUAAAGAGAAUGUUGAGUGUUGUAUUUCUUGGGCUUCAUAAAUGUUUCGUGUCCAGUAUACACGCUCACUUUGAUUCCAAAUAAUGUUUCCACAAUCAA